CAAGAACCCGUCUUUCUCUUUCAGAUUUCACAGUUAACUAACACGCCUUUUGUACCCUUUUUGCAGUUUGUAGUCUUCACCUUUUGUUGCUUCGAUUUCUUGGACUGUUCUUGUUCUUCUUGAACUCUGCUCUCUCAUUCAGCUGCUGUGAUAUCCCUUUAUUGAAUUGAUGGGUUCUGGAGGUUGUACCAAUGAUAUUUUGGAAUUCAAAGAACAGUCUCCGAAACCUUGUGAAAAUUUGGACAAGGCUGGGGAGCUGCAAAAGGAUGCUGCUGAGCCACAAGCGGUAUUAGGGCCGAUUACUCCUGAAGCUGACAGAGAGAAUGGGGACUCCCAACUAACUUUUUUGAAGAAACCGCCUGUUUUGACUGUCAAGUCCAACAGAGAUGGGGAUGACCCUUGUGGUCUCUCUGAUGAUAGCAGUGGCAGCCCCAGGACACCGGAGGAUGGAGUUUUUGAUCCCUUUGCCCCUGGUCCGGAAAAGCUGGCCAUGGCACCACUCUGUAAGAAGUAUGUCAGCAAGUCUAGGAGUAUUAUUGCUCGUCAGCUGAGUUUUGAUUCUCCAAUACAAAGUUCGGAUGAUGAGAUUUCUUCCAACUGUGUGGAGUCCCUUUCUGAUGAAGAAAUGUUUGAAGCGGUGUAUGAAAAUUUGUUGGAAGCUAUUGUAUCUGAUCUGACUCUCAACGUACUUGGUGAACGUGCAAGGAAGGAUUGGGACUGUGGGGAUGACUGCAUCACACCUCCAGGAACUCGAUUAAAUGGGAUUGCUGAAUCCUGUCCUGGUGCUCCCUUGAGGCCCGUAGGGAAAUCAAGGAAGAUUGAUUUGGGCCUUAUCAGAAAGCUCGAAUUUUAAUUGAUUAAUGCCGUAACAUGCUGAAGUGCGGGUUGUGAAUAGAAAUGUUUUGGGUGUUGAUGAGUUUCUUGGCUUCUAUCAGAUUCUGUCAUGUGUGCCUUGUUAUUGAAGGUGGUAUGUGUCUUGAGAAAUAUUCUGAAGAGAAAUCAAAGUAAAGAAUUUUUUUUGUAUCAGAUUUUUGCAUGUGCCUCCCAUGUGGAUCAGUCUGUUGCAUCCGGUGGUUGCCUAAGGCUUGUUAAACAUGGUUGAUGCCAUCUUUUUCGUUGCACUGCACACCCGAUUACUGACCAGCACCAAUGUUGCUGCUCAAAGUUUCUCAACUUAUGUCAUUUGCAGCAUUGUUUCCCUCUAAGCUUGGUGGGUUAUUGCAGACUUGCAACCAGACAAGGAUGAUGGCAGUGCUCAAAUACAUGGUAGAUUUUGUUUUCUGCAACUUGAUUUGCUUCAGAAAUAUACAGGACGAGGAGUUUGCACAGGCUCAAGACUUCCUUAAAAUGAUGACAUCAAUGAUCAAUGCCAGGCUCUGUAUCUAUUUGACUGGUAUGCCACUGGCUACUGGGUUUGAUAGGAUUACACCACAAGCAUCGAUUUGUUUGAGUUCCGUAGGAGUUUGGAAGGCUGACAAAUGUUACUUUUGAUGAAUGGGAGCGUGGCAGAGUUUUCAAUAACUUUGAGAGAAAACCUGCAGUCUUUUAAGAUCUGCUGUCAUGAAUAUGAUGUGAGUGGGAUCGAUGCCAAAAUCUUCAGCUAUCAUCCAGAGCUUUAUAUCCUGAAGGAUUAUGACAAUAUGGUUGAAGCUGAACAAGGCACCAGAAGUCUUGAAAGUUAUGUGACUUUGAUGGAAAAAAUUUACUUGCACGGGGUAACAUAGCACUCCAAGCUUCAGUCUAGUCUUCACCAAAGAUUAUUUUCUUAUUUUCUUUGAUCUCCUAUUUAUUGGUAUGAACUUGUGAUUACUUCAAUAAUUGUAUUUUGUUAAUCAGUUCUUGAAUUUCUUGAACUAAAUACGCAACACUACACUUUAUUUAAUUGGUGGCCUUGAAUCCGGGAAUGAAAAAAAAAAUUAUUGAA